AUGCAAUUAACCGCGCUCACUGCCACCCUCUCACGCCUCCAACUCCUAGUUCCACUCCCUCCGGACACCACGAAACGACGCGCCGCCGAACAAACCUGCUUGGUGCUCCUCCGCACGUGCAAUACGCUCGCCACCCUCACGCGAAUCCACGCCCUCAUCCUCAAGCUAGGCCUCCACCACAACCCUCUCGUCCUCACCAAGUUCGCUUCCACCGCCUCCAACAUCGACGCCGUUCACUACGCCGCCUCCGUCACAUUCCCCGACGAUCAGAAUGACGAAGCUGCCCCUCGCCCUCACGCCUUCCACGACGCUUUUCUUUUCAACACGUUUAUCAGAGCCUUUGCCCAAACAAAGCACGCCAAGCCUUGCGCCGUGCGUUUCUACCGCUCCAUGCUCCGGCGCGCCGUUUCGCCGAACAAGUUCACCUUCCCGUUCGUCCUCAAGGCCUGCGCCGGCAUCGAGAGCUUGGCCCUGGGGAUGGCGGUGCACUCCUCGGUGGUGAAGUUUGGCUUCGAAGAGGAUAUCCACGUGCGGAACGCCAUGAUCCACAUGUAUUUCUGCUGUGAGGAAGGGUCUAAACCGAACUCUGCUCAGAAGGUAUUCGAUGAAUGUCCUGACCGCGAUUUGGUGACGUGGAGCACCAUGAUUGGAGGCUACGCACGUGCCGGAAAUUCCACUCGUGCAAUUUCGUUGUUUAGAGAAAUGCAGGUUACAGGGACGUGUCCCGACGAGAUCACCAUGGUUUUGGUUUUGUCUGCGUGUGCUGAUUUGGGUGCGCUUGAGUUGGGGAAGUGGUUGGAGUCUUAUGUUGAGAGGAAGAGCAUAACGAAGUCUGAGGAGUUAUGCAAUGCAAUGAUAGACAUGUUUGCGAAGUGUGGUGAUGUUGACAGAGCUGUGAAAAUUUUCCGGGAAAUGGAAACGAGGACCAUAGUUUCAUGGACUUCAGUGAUUGUUGGUUUGGCAAUGCACGGUCGCGGAUUGGAGGCUGUUUCUCUUUUUGAUGAGAUGGUGGAACAACAGGUGGAGCCUGAUGAUGUUGCUUUUGUUGGGGUGCUUUAUGCUUGUAGUCACUCAGGACUGGUUGAUAAGGGGCAUUACUAUUUCAAAACCAUGGAGAACAGGUUCAACAUUGUGCCAAAGAUUGAGCAUUAUGGCUGCAUGGUUGAUAUGUUGAGUAGAGCAGGGCUUGUGAAGGAGGCUGUGGAGUUUGUUGGAGCCAUGCCAGUUGAGCCAAACCAGGUCAUAUGGAGAAGCAUAGUCACUGCUUGUAAUGCUCGUGGUGAGCUGAGGCUGGGUGAGAACGUGGCCAAGGAGCUAAUCAGGAGCGAGCCGAUGCACGAGUCUAACUAUGUGCUGCUUUCGAACAUUUACGCAAAAUUGAUGCGCUGGGAGAAGAAGAAGAAGGUUAGGGAGAUGAUGGGUGUGAAGGGGAUAAGGAAGAUUCCAGGGAGCACCAUGAUUGAGAUGAAUAAUGAAAUAUAUGAGUUUGUUGCUGGGGAUAAGUCACAUGAUAAAUACAAAGAGAUAUAUGAAAUGGUGGAUGAGAUGGGAAAGGAGAUUAAGAGAGCAGGGUAUGUGCCUACAACAUCCCAGGUGUUGCUUGACAUUGAUGAAGAAGAUAAGGAAGAUGCUUUGUAUAGACACAGUGAAAAACUUGCUAUUGCUUUUGCUCUUCUGAGUACAGCCCCUGGAACACCAAUUAGAAUUGUGAAGAACUUGCGUGUUUGUGAAGAUUGCCAUUCUGCUACUAAGUUCAUUUCUAAGGUUUACAGCCGAGAGAUUGUGGUGAGGGACCGCAAUCGCUUCCACCAUUUCAAGAAUGGUUUGUGUUCCUGUGGAGACUUCUGGUAACAAAUUGGUAAGAGGCAUCCUUGAUCUUCUAUUGUGUUGUUGAAGUUUCAUCAUGUGCUAAAUCUUGAUUGAUAAGGGCAUCAGCAUGUUUUUGAUUGUGCUAAACCCUUUAAAAAAAAAUAGAAAUUGUGUUAAUUAAAGUUAAGAUGAAAAUAUAGGGUCGUAUCAUUGGACUCGCUAGGUUAUUUAGUGUGAUUGAAUGAAAAAGUAACAUAUUGUUUCCUCUAUUUAUGAAGAGAUGUUUUCAUGA